AUGGGUGCCGCAAACAGGCAAUCAGCCUUCCAAAGCGCAACCACAACUGACUUCAAUAAGGCCAGCGAGGCCUACAGUUUCCGCGUGUCGGGCUCAAUUUGUUUGGCAAAUCUUGGAAAGUUGCCUGUGUUGCCUGGUUUGCAUGGCAAGUCGUGGAUUUCUGUGCCUGAAGAGUCGGAGCUGGUACAACAGGGCUACGCGAAUACCGCACCCAUUGUCCAGCACGCUGCAGAGUAUCAGGAGUUACUGAGUGACUCCCACGAUAUUUUGUAUACCUUGGCAGAUUCGAUGGCUGAAGAAAUCACCUUCCAGCACGACCAUGACUGGACCCUCUUCCCGGAGGUGGGACACGCCGCGAAGGGGCUUGGCUACGAAGAGUGGGCUUUCUGUUUGGCCAUUUGUCCAAGUCAGUCGGUUUGGGCGGUGGGGAUGGCCGGUCAGCAAAAAAAGAGAUUGCAGGCAGCAAGGCUGGCAAUGUCUGUCGCGCUGGCUGCCAUGCACAACACGACAGACAAGAAGUUGCGAGACAGUGCAACCAGGAGCCCAGCCUUCAUCAGUUUUUGCAAGAUAGCUGACAUCAAUGUCGAGGAUUCGGUGCCACAUCCAGCACUUGCGCCUUCUCAACGCCAUACGGGCCGCGCCGGCCACGCGGGUGAUGAGGAUCAUGAGGGUCAUGAGGGCCAUGAGGGUCAUGACGACUGGAAGUGGAACAAGAAGAGUCAGCCGAAGGAAUGGAACAAGGAGAGCUGGAGCUGGGGAGACAAUGAAAAUCGCUCUGAUUGGCAGUGGAAGGAUUGGAAGGAUUGGAAGGAUAGCAACCACCAGGACGAAGGCGCAUAUGAGGCUGAUCCUGAAAAUGGUGAAGCGGAGGAAGAGCCAUUUGAUGAGACGACAGAGGCACAGAAGAUUUCAGCGUUUCAAGAGGAGGCAGAAGAAAUUGAGGAAUGGAAAGAGGCGGAGGAGCCUCCCGAAGGGCCUCCUGAAGAGCCUCCCGAGGAGCCCGCCGAAGAGCCCGCCAAAGAGCCCGCCGAAGAGGCCACCGAAGAACCAGCUGAAGAGCCCGCCGAAGAGCUUGAAGAGUUUCAGGUUGAGCCCGAAGAGCUUGUGCGCCCGGAAGAGCCUGAAGCUGAUGCGGAAGAAGCAGAGCCGCAACAUGAAAAGAGGGAAGAAACAGAAGGCCUGCAGGAAGAAUUUGAAGAAGUGCUCGCGGAAGCUCUGGAAGCGGGGCAGGAUGCUAUGGAAGAUGCGCUGGAAGAGGAACCUGAAGAGGUAAAGCCACCGCCACCCAAACGCCAACGCCAGGCGAGGCCAGAACCACUCAAACGGGAUGCUCCGCAUUGGAUUUACUUGGAGCAAAUGCCCGGGGAACUUCAGGACUUUGGCAGCGAAACCUUGGUGUUGGCAUCAGAUGGAGCUCGGAAGGGUGAUAUGUACAGCCAAGCAGAGAAAGCGCUUAACAUCAUGAUCGGUGACCUGGCGUCGGAAGUGCAAUGCCACGAUGAUCCAAAUUGGAAGAAAUUUCCAGAGGUUGGUGCAGAGUUGAAGCUCUUAGCUGAGAAAAAGGAGUGCUUUACGGUGGUGAUCUCGCCAACAAGAUGCCUGUGGGGCGUCGGAGUUUCGAUGAAGCGUCCUGUGAGACAACAAGCGGCGAUGUUGGCUUUGGCGGUGCAAGUGGCAUUGCAGACGAAAGAGAUGGGAGAGGAAAUUCCAGACUUGUCUGCUACCAAAGCUGUCGCGGACUUCCUGGAGGGAGCCCAAGCUGCCAGAGAUGAGUUGCUGCCCUCUUUCAGGGGCAACAACUGAGAUCUGCUCAAGGACACCAAUGUUGCAAAGCGUGAGGACAAAUGAUGGGAAAGCCAAGCACUUGCCGCAAUGCGACAGUGCCAAGACAAUGCCAAAAAGGGAAUUGCAAUGAACGAAGGACUAGUUGCCGCAGUUGCCACAGAAAA